GAGCCAGAGUCCACAGCGUCAUGGGCAACCAGGUGGAGAAACUGACCCACCUAAGUUACAAGGAAGUUCCCACGGCCGACCCGACUGGCAUGGACCGGGACGACGGGCCCCGCAUCGGGGUCUCCUACAUCUUCUCCAAUGACGACGAGGACGCGGAGCCACAGCCUCCAGCCCAGGGUCCCGAGGGUGGCGGCGGGGUGCCCGACUGCGGGGAAGGUCCUCAGCUCCCUGCCGCGCAGCCUUACGACCCGCGGCUGCACGAGGUGGAGUGCUCCGUCUUCUACCGCGACGAGUGCAUCUACCAGAAGAGCUUUGCGCCGGGGUCGGCGGCGCUAAGCACGUACACACCGGAGAACCUGCUCAACAAGUGCAACCCCGGCGACCUGGUGGAGUUCGUGUCGCAGGCACAGUACCCGCACUGGGCAGUGUACGUGGGCAAUUUCCAGGUGGUGCACCUGCAUCGGCUGGAGGUGAGCAACAGCUUCUUGACCGACGCGAGCCAGGGCCGCCGCGGCCGCGUGGUCAACGACCUGUACCGCUACAAGCCGCUGAGCCCCAGUGCGGUGGUGCGCAACGCGCUGGCGCACGUGGGCGCCAAGGAGCGCGAGCUCAGCUGGCGCAACUCCGAGAGCUUUGCCGCCUGGUGCCGCUACGGCAAGCGGGAGUUCAAGAUCGGAGGGGAGCUGCGUAUAGGCAAACAGCCCUACCGCUUGCAGAUUCAGCUGUCGGCCCAGCGCAGCCACACGCUGGAGUUCCAGAGCCUGGAGGACCUGAUCAUGGAGAAGCGGCGCAAUGACCAGAUCGGCCGCGCCGCUGUGCUGCAAGAGCUCGCCAUGCACCUGCACCCAGCCGAGCCAGAUGAGGGCGACAGCGAUGCAGCGCGGACUACGCCGCCUCCCCGGCGCCCUCCGGAGCCGGGCUCAGAGGAGGAGGAGGGCGAUGGGGCAGCUCACUGAAGGCUUUUGAGCCACGAAAAGGAGAACCCUUUGCAGCAGCCGCUUACCCCUUCCUCUGCUCCCUCUUCGGUCACUCCGGGCCCCUUCUGGGAUUCCUGGGCCCUUUGGAAAACGGAGUUGAUGAAAUAUGCAGUGGGCCGUGGACUGGGGAGAAGAGGGGGGUAGGGAACAGGUAGGCGCACCCGAGCUGGAAGCCGGCUUUUCUUCCUGUCCCCUUUCAGUCUUCCUUUCCUCGGUGAGGCAAACUAGACUUGAUGGAGACUUAACCCCCGCGGGGUCUGGAUCCAGAGUUGACCCUUAUGCAAGCAAGGUUGGCAUAAAGUUCAGAGUGUCUGUGUCUGCCAUUGCCUUCUCUAGCUUUGCUCUGCCCUUGAGCUCUGAGAAUUGUGUGUAAGAAGGCCAAAGGGGGUUGGGGAGGCCCCACCUAGGGUCUGAGAGCUGUUUAUCUUCCUCCCCUGCUGAGCUAGGCCUGGAAUCGGGAAGGCUGGUAUGAUUUAUUUGAUGGGAUUCGUGGAGCUCAGGGCUGGUGAAACCAUGACCAGGUCUGGGAGCAGCAGACCAAAACCAAGCAGCCCCCUAUUAAGUGUAACAAAUAGUUGAACAAACUCCGGCGGCAGACAAAGACGUUACUACCUCCCUCCCUUCCAUCCCCUAGUAAUUCCUCUUCGGGAGCUGGCUCUUAGGGGAGUCUCUGCUCCAUCUGCCCCUUCUAGGUUACAAGUAAAUCACUGUCAAGGGCCGGCCAGGGGAAGGAUUCAAUUAAGGUCCUGUGCCGCCUCCUUUGUUUUUCUGCCUGCUGUUGUGGGCUUGGAGCUGUGUCAUUUGUUAUCAAAGGAGGGGAUAACCCUGUGUCUCCGAUCUAAUUAAACCUCCUCGGCUGUGUUCUCCGGCAGGUGUGCAGAUGGGGUUGGCCAGUGCCACCCCACGUAGUUCCCCCCGGGGAAACAGCCAGGUCGUGCUACUGGGUCCAGGAUUGGUCUCUCCCUGCUCCCCGACCCUGAUUAGGGAAGGUAACCCUCUUAGGAACAAGGCUGCAUUGCAGAUUCCUUCAAAUUUUUAAUUUUUUCCUCUGUUUACUGGACCAUCUCCCUGUCCCUCAUGUCUGGCAGUAAGAUUUGGGGCUUGAGACGUUUCAGUGGUAAGCUACUUACUUUGCUAGCCACACUUGCAGUUUAAUUGAAGGCGUAAAGUCUUGGUUUGGGACACUCCUUCAGGGCCCUCAUAGGAGAAGUGACAUGGAUCCCUCCUGCCACCUGGUGUGGUCAGCCACUUGGGGUGGUGUUUUUAAACCACACAUUUGGGUGUGCCCUUGAUUGCAGAGUGCUGUCUCAAAACCUGAGUAAAACUUGAGGGUUUUUUUUUUUUUUUUUUUUUUGACCUCUUGGGAAGUUAUUGUAAACUACACUGGACAAUUCAUCUUGUGACCUAAUUUUUACAGUUGAAUUGUAUUUGAGCAGUCUGCAACCAUAGUCAUCCUUGGGUGUUUUGGAUGGAGAUUUCUAAAGCAAAGCAAGAAAAUUUGAAAGAUUUUCUUGUAUAUUUACUUUUUUUAGGCAUGGAAGUUGUGGCCAUAAGUCUUAAGAGUUCAGAUCUUCAUAGCACCUCACUCAGCAUGGAACCCUUUCCUGAGCAGGUCCUCAGCUGUGUCCUUGAGUUUGAUAGUGGCGCCGCACAGGUGCUGUCCCUGUGAUUGUAAGGACGAACCACAUUCGAGCCCUGGUCUGGGACUUGGGAAGAAAAUUGAUCCUCUGUUGGAAAUUAGAUCUAGUUUCCCUUUCAUGGCCUCCCAGCUAUGUGUUUAUAUUCCCUUGCCCAUGGAAAGGCCGCAUAAGGUAAACGUGGGGUAGAGACCUUUGGGAGGCCAGACCCGAUCAGGUUUGGGUUAGUACAGGUGGAAGGUGUUGAGCACUCUGCAGAGUAAGAGGAAAGAUAAUGGCACUUGGGCUGGCAAGCUCCUUUUUUCCAGCUCCUGCAUCCCUGUAUCUUUCUUCUGACCCCCCAAGUCUGCACUCACUGAGUGACUUGUCUUAUUACAAAUGAGGUGUGCUUGGGGGUUUGGGCUCCAAAGAAAAACUGUAAAAUCCAACCCAGGAAUAAAUAGCAUUUUCUCUUUAGAGAGGGUUUUUGGUAAGGGGACUUAAAAAUGAACGAGCUCUACUCCAGAUGCUGCUGUCUGGAGCACAGUGGCAGUGGUUCUACAAGUUACCAAGAGAUGGGAACUCCGCAAACUCCGCAAGACGUAGGGACAGGACAGUUCUUAGGCGUCUGAUGCUUAAAGUGAAAACUACCCCGAAAGGGCUCCAGGAAAGGGGAAUCAAAACAAUUCUUGGUUCUUUCCUAAAGAUGGCAGUGUUGUGGAGAAGUGAUUUUUCUUUGUUUUUAAUGCCCUGGAGAUGGCUACAUCUAGCACUUUAGGGAAAAAUAAGUAUAUUUAAUAACUUUUGUUUCUCUUAGGAAUCAGACUUUAGAACAGUUUUGUACUGUGAAUUACGAAUGCUCUUUGAAGGGAAGAAAUAUCGAUUCCAACAUUCUUCAGAAGCUGUGGCAGGGAUAAGCAGGAUAUCGACUGGAAUAUAUGCUAAAGGAAACCAGACAAAUUCUAUUUUCUUACUGAGGAAAUAUUUUAUUGAGACUGCUUAUGUAUUUCAAAGGAGCCCACAACUUCAGCUACCCAAUUUUUUGUAUUGAAAGAACCCAUACUUUUUGUAGCUUUUAUUCCUCAUUUAAUUUAAAGUGACUUGAACACUAAAUGCCUCUCAAAACACUUUAUCCCACACUUUAAGAAAGUUUUUAGUUUUUUGAAAGAUGACACUUCAGUGGUUAACCUUCUCCUGUGUUUGUUUGGUGCUUUUGACCCUGGUAGCACCGUGGGACAACACCACAACCACAUGGAAACAUAUUUUUUGGAAGCAGAACUUUAAUUUUUUAUGACAUAUGCUAUGGAGAGCUAAGAAAAUUUAAAGACUACUUGUUUUCUAUUUUUUUUUUUUUUCUUAAAAAAAUGGGAUCCACUGUGUUGAAAACUCUUGAUAAUUAUGUGCUUAUCUAACCAUUUUUUUUUAUAAAUUAGAGUACAAUCUAGCCUGAUCAUGGUCAUAAAAUAAAUUUGGAAAGUUAGAUUUCAUUUGUUGAGUUUUUUGUUUUUUUUUUUUAAAUCAGAGUAACUAUAAACUUGACUGGUUUAUUCAGUUUUUCAUUAUAUUUUGUUCUUAGCUAUAACUUGUGACCCAUGGAAAAUUAUAUUAACUUGCAGGAUAGACUUCAGUGCAUUUUAUUUACCAAUGAAUUGUAUAAACUUUAUUUUUCUUGAAGGUUGUAUGUUAAAUCAAAGUUAUGUUCUUAUACUACUUCUUGAGAAGGAAGUUCAAAUUUGAAAUUGUAUCAUUUCCUUCAAAAUGAAGGGCAGUGCUUAGUUAAAUAAAAGAUUGAUGAUAUCUUUUAAACCA